AAAGGAGAGAUAACCUGAAGCAGAUCCAAGAAAUGGAUUAUUUGAAAGUUGCUAUCAUUUUAUCAACUUUAGCAACUGUAAAAGGCUGUCGCUUUUGUCCAAAGACUAAUCACAGGUCAAAUCCUAUUGAACGUGAUCCCAUACUUGAGGAAUUUCCAAUUAUAAUAAACGAUGUACCGCAAGGUUGCAAUAGUGAAGUUUACUGCAACGGAGAUCUACUGCAUGAAGCAUCUUUACUUGGGUUUAAUUACCUUCAAUUGAAACUUAAAAAGCCUGAGUCAUUUGUCAUUGCAAGAUUCAAAAUAAUGAAGGCAAAAAAGCAUGGUGAGGCCAUAACCUAUACUGAGAUGGAAGAUCUUAUCAAAGAAAAUUUCGAGAACGGGAAUGAACUAGAACCCUGGACUCCAUCUGAUUUCAAUGACCAUCCCAGAUUUCUGGAUGAAAUCGAUGACCCAGAUUACAAAGUGUGGGCUUAUGAGCUGAACCAGUUUUGGAAAAUAUUGGCCAGGAAAGUGAGUUCAGAUGUGGAGAGAAAUCCUGAUCACUAUUCACUCAUCUAUGUACCAAAUGGUUUUAUAAGCCCAGGCGGCACAUCCAGAGAACUACACUACUGGGACUCCUAUUGGCUAGUGAAGGGUCUCCUGCUUAGUGACAUGCACGACACAGCACGCGGUGUUAUUGACAAUCUGCUCUAUUUGCUCAAAAGAUACAGCUUUGUGCCGAAUGCUAAUCGCAUGUACUUCCUCAAUGGAAGAUCGGCGCCACCGUUGUUAAUCAAAAUGGUCGACGAUUACUAUGAGAAAACAAGAGAUGACGAAUUUCUAAGAGAAGUGGUUACGGAGCUCACAUUCGAACUCAACCACUGGAUAAACUACAAUAUGGGUCCUCUGACAUUUAAUGACAAAGAUUAUUUCAUGGCCUGUUAUUACGUGGUCUCAGAGGAGCCUAGACCUGAAUCUUACAGGGACGAUUACAUGAUCGCACGGAUGUUUAACACUGCAAAAGAAAAAAAUAAAUUCUACUCAAACGUUCAUUCAGCAACGGAAUCUGGAAUGGAUUUCACAUCGAGAUGGUUCAUCAGAAACAAAUCUAAUGCUGGUAAUACAUCGGAUAUUGCAACAACAGAAAUAGUACCGGUUGACUUGAACGCCAUUCUCCAUUACAAUGCUAGAAAAAUAAGUGAAUGGUAUUUCAAGCUAGGAGAAGAUGAGAAGGGCGCUCACUACGAGGUUUUAUCCGUCAUCAUUCUAAAAGGAAUCAAUGAAGUUUUGUGGGACAAAGAUGAAGGCAUGUGGUUCGAUUACGACAAUGAAAACCAAAAGAGAAGAAAAUACUUCUAUGCUUCAAACCUGACUCCCCUUUGGACCAAAAGUUAUCCAACAGAUUGGUCGAAAGAUGAGCUAACUAAUAACGUUCUCUUCUAUUUGGAAAGAAUGGACUUGGAUAAAUUCGAUGGAAUACCAAACUCACUGACAGAGACUGGGGAGAAAUGGGAUUUUCCCAAUGCCUGGGCUCCAUUGCAAUCAAUGAUUGUUGAGGGUCUGGAGACACUUGGCACAGUUGCAGCCAAGAUAAAAGCUUACCAGUUGGCGAAUCGAUGGAUAAGAACUACCUAUGGAGGAUACAAAACGAGUCACGUGAUGUACGAUAGGUAUGAUGCCUCAGCUUUUGGAGAAUCGAGAAGUGACGAUGAUUACUCGCCUCAGAAAGGAUUUGGAUGGACUAACGCUGUAGUACUUCAAUUUUUAAAGGAAUAUGGAAAGAUGAUAGGAUGGGAAAAUGACUUGGAGAUGGAAAAACGUUUCAUGCAUUAUUUAUAGAUAAUUAUAUGGGUGCAAUAGAAGAACUAAAAAUACAGUAGAAGAUAAAAAAUUGAACAUAAUCAUAAUAGAUUAUGAUUAAUUAACGAUCCCAAAUUGAAAAAAUAGAAUAUAUAAAGAAACAGAGAAAGUAUAAUCAUAUAAAUGAGAAUGAAUCAACAAUGAUUAGUCUUUUCAGAAGUAAAUUAGGUUUUACUAAGAUCUACUCACCAGGUCAGACAUAUUAUAAUUUAGAGUCUAGAUUACCGUAUAUGGAAUAGUCCGUAUUUUUUUCCUGACGAUGAAACUAUAUUUUAAUUCCACCAAAUGUUAAAGUUCUUGAAGGUAUAAGCAUAUAAAAAUAGAUCAUUAUAUGAUAUUGGUUUCGGUGAGAGUGAUUGAACAUAAAGUAUUUGAACUUGACUUGUAUUGAAAGAAAAGUUGUGUACAUUACCAUAGACUAGAAUUUGUAAUUUAUGAACAUGUACAUGAGAUAAUUUAUAUUAAUGCAGAUUUUCUGAAUGUGUCUUUUCAUUAAGUAAUUUUAUUGAAUCAAUUGAUUAAAUUUUGAAUUGAUUGAUAAAUAAUAAUAAUGACUGAUAAUAGUUUUGAGUCAGUUGUAAUACAUUCUGUUUGCGAAUCAUUAUUGAAUAAAGUGACUGAAAUCGUCACAAACACUGAAAGAACAUCAUUAAAAUUAAGAGUUUGAUAGAAAUUGAUAAGUUGUAACGACCGGAACUAUUUUUUCGUUUUAGGUUAUACAAAAAUAUGAAGAAAAUAAAUAAACAUGUAGUUGAGAAAACUCGCUGUAUUCUGAUUUAUCAUCUACCAAAAUACCAUCUCCAUAUUAUACUACUAUUGCACAGAGUUCAUCAAUAUCUAUUACAAUUUCAAAUAUAAUUAUUGCAGACUAAAAUGCUCGGAAAAUGAAAUCACAUACACAAUUCAAUACUUAAAUCUGCAUUUCACUAUUAUUUUCACUACUAUAUAGGAAACAUAAGUUUAAGAAGAAACUCAAGACAAUUUAAAUCAUAAUUUGAUGCAUCAGCUCUUUCAAAGAUAUAUUUAUCUAGCAAGAGUAGAGUGGAUAAAAGAGUGAUGAAAUGAAAAGUCAGCAAAAAAUGAACAAAGAAAUAAUAAUUCAUGAAUACAACAGCAACAGAGUUUCGAGAAAUAAACAAAAUCGGAACAUAUUGAAACAUUUAAAUCAUAUUAGGCUACACAGUCACAAGAAAAUCACCAGGUUCCAGUUCAAGUCCCAA